UGACCAGUAGAUGCCGACAUACUCAACAAUAGAGCCCCAUGACUGUGUUCUCUGAGAGAGAGAGUGUGCAAAUGAGCAGACGGAGCAUGCGCAGAUGGGGGAUCGUGUGUAUAGAUAAUGGGAUUGAAGAAACGAGAGUGAGGAGUGAAGAGAAUCAGACACAGGGGAGCUUCUGAGCUCCUCUGAUAGCUGCUCACACACACACACACAGUGCAGAGGCAGCGAGCCAGCAGUGAGACUGCAGACCAGCAGCCAUGACACACACCGAUUCUCUGAGUGAGGCACUGAGGGCCAUCAGUGUGAGUAUAGAGCCAAUUGAGGAGGAGCUCAAGCCUCAUUUGGACACAGUGCUGGUUUCUCUGUUGGAAAAGAAGAAAGAUGCUGCUGUUGAGAUUGCAAGAAGUGGGAUUCUACCCACACUGGCUCAGGCCUUAGCCAGUAAAAGCAGCCUGAGCUGCCAGGUGGCGCUAGUGGUGGCAGAGAUGGCCCGAGAAGCUGCAGUCAGAGAGCCGUGUAUCGAGGCAGGUCUGGUCAAAGUGCUGCUUCCUCAUCUGAACAGCAACAAUCAGGAGAUGCUGCUCAACACUGGCCGAGCCAUUGGACGCAUCUGCUUUGACAACUCUCACCAGCAGGACCUGCUGGUGCAGAGUGGCGUCAUACCCAGACUGGUGUCCAUAAUGAAGGAGUAUCCAGAGAACGACCCACUGGUCAACGUCUGUCUGCUGGCCCUCUGUAACCUGGCUGACAUGGACUUGGCGAGGGAAUCACUGGAAGAGCAGGAUGUGGCAGGUGUUCUGACAUUUCAGCUCAAACGCGCUCCUGAUGCCGAGCGCCGGCAUGUCAUCCUGGAAAUCCUCGGUGCACUGGGCGAGAGUGAUGCACUGAAGCUGCAGUUUGCAGAGUCAGGAGUACCAGAGGCUCUGUCAGCGAUGAUUUGGGACUUACAGGGAGGUUCUGACCCUCAUGACCUCUGCAGCAUCAAAAUCGCCUCCAACCUCAUCGUGUCUUUGCUUUUAGGAGAUGAGUCCAUGCAGAGGUGUUUUGGUGAAGGAUCGGGUGUGGUGUAUCAGGACGUUCUCUCCUGGCUACAAAGCUCCAACACUCAGCUGCAGCUGUCUGGAGCCUUAGCCAUCGCCAACUUUGCCAGGAAUGACAGUAACUGUGUGAAGAUGUUGGACCUCGGGGUGGUUCCUCACAUCCUGACCUUGUUGGAGCAGCAUGUGGAUGAAGGAGACGUGUCUGUUCAGCACGCUGGACUCAGUGCACUCAGGAACCUGGCCAUUCCUGCCACAAACAAAGUGCGGAUGCUGGAGGACGGAGUGACUGAGCGGAUAAAGACCCUGCUGCGCUCCGACAUGCCACCAGUGCAGUUCAAGCUGCUGGGGACACUGCGCAUGAUGGUGGACGGACAACAGGAGGCAGCUUUAGUGCUGGGGAGAGAUGCUGUGCUGCUGGCACGAGUCAUGGAGUGGUGUGAAGCCAAAGAUCACGCAGGAGUCCGGGGAGAAGCCAGCCGCCUGUUGGCUGCUUUCAUCAGACACAGUCGCAGCCCUGAAGUUGUACAGGCUGUAUCCACAGCAGAUGGUGUCCGUCACCUCAUCUCCAUGGCAACAAGUGAGCAUGUCAUCAUGCAGGAUGAGGCCCUGGUUGCUCUGGCGAUAGCAACUGCCAUUGACCUUGAGUCUAUGAAGGACGUGUUUGUGGAAGCGAAGCUGUUGCCCGUGCUGAAGAAGAUACUGGAGGAUCCAGUGGGGGCGGUGGAAGUCCAGUUCAGUGCUUUAGGUCUCAUCUGUAGUCUGGCUAACUCUGGUGUGAUGAAGGAGGAGCUGAACUCUGUGAACAUAAGGGAAAGCCUCAGGAAACUGACAGAGCACAGCAGCAGUAAACUUGCCUCACAGGCCUCGUCUCUUCUGCUUGUUCUCGGCGACACCAGCUAAACCAGCACUUUGCAGCAACAUCUCACUCGUUCAGCUUCUUCACGUGAUAUACUUUCUGUUAAAUCAUCUCGCUGCACAGUUAUGGCUCAGUGUUAAGUUGACUUGUGACACUUCACGUCACUUUGUUUUCUUGCAAUAACUCUAGUCAAGUCAAAAAAGUCCAACAGUUUGGGGAAAAACAACUAUUAAGUAGGGAUGGGAGACAUGACUUUAAAUGACCUCAUGAUGUUCCAUGAAGUAAUAAUAUUCAUGGUCAUUUAAAGUAAAAGUGCUUGUUUUCAUAUAAGUUGACAAUAGAACCGCAUAUAUGAUGCAAUGAUGAUCAUUCAAUAAAUAAUUCAAACAUCCAAAUACCUGGAGUAAGACAGGUCCCCGAGUGUGACAAUUCUAUUUUUAUUCUAUUUAUAUAGUUAUUUAUUGAUUCAUUCAGCAUCAUG